GCAAUAUAUGGGCUGGGCCGGACGGGGCUCAUUACUCCACCACAUUGCGAUUUUACUAAACACUGUCGUUUUUGAAUAUAUUUCGUGCUUUCUUUCUUUUUCGUCUUCCAAAUUCCAGUUUUCUUCCCUCCUUGAUCCUCCUCCAUCUGAGCUCGUCGUCGCCGCCGCCUCACUGUUAAUCGCUGCCUUCAGUUGUAUCAACAUCUCAAGGAGGAAGCUUCCUUUUAAAUACAUGCGCAAAAACGUCAUGGACGCCAACAGUACCUUCGACUCUGAUCUGAUUCACGCCAUUUUCAAGCACAUUUGGGCUCGAAGGUUUCGCGAAAGGGAGAGGAGCGAUGCCAUUGAUGCUACUGAAGCUGAGGUUGCUUUGGGAACAACCAAGAAGAACAGGCUUGCUUCUGCCAACGCAAAUGCUUUAAAGCUCAGCUGUGAACUUCUCAAGAGUUUUGUCUCAGAGGCUGUGCAGCGCGCUGCUAUAAUCGCUGAAGCUGAGGGAAUGGACAAGAUUGAAGGUACUCAUUUAGAGAGGAUUCUUCCCCAGCUUCUUUUGGACUUUUAAGGUAUGAUUGCUAACAGCACAUGCUUGUCCCUGCAUCUUUUCGUUUUUUUUUUUUUUUUUUUUUUUUUUUUUUUUUUUUU